AUGCGAGUCCUCUUAUUAGGAGCAACAGGUAGCCUCGGCUCCCGCAUCCUAUCAGCCCUCAUAAAAAGAGGCCACACAGUCUCUGUCUUUGUCCGAAAUCCAUCCAAACUAGCACCAGGCGUUCACGAUCAACUCUCCAGCAUAGAGCGCGGGGACGCAACAAAGAGCGCCGAAAUCAAAGAAGCCGCGAUCCGUACCAACUGCGAUGCUAUUGUAAAUUCAGCCGGGCUUGCGUCGGUCUCGCCUUGGGGUCGAAGUGAUCUUCCUGAAAUCGUUGAAGCGGUUCUCCGCGCUGCGCAGGAGAUUGGUCGUGAGCGUGGGCAUCCUUUGAGGGUUUGGUUGCUUGCCGGUCAGGGGCUUUUGGACAUUCCUACUCAGAAGUAUAGGCUUGUGGAUUAUAUCCACCUCUUCCCAGAACAUAACUUGACAUGGACGAAAGUUCAGGCCGUGCCUCGCGAGACCAUUGCUUGGUCUGUCCUCUGCCCUGGAGUAAUGAAGCCCUUGAGUUCGGUCACGUAUCCGCUUGCUGAUACUGCAUCUGUGGAAAACCUGUUGAUUUCUGCUCGUGUGCCGCCUGAAUGGUCGCUCAAGUUUCUUGGCGUACCGGUGAUUGGAGGGUAUUUGAAUCUCUUAAGCCAGGCUUUAGGCUAUGGGACGACACUUGAAGAUAAUGCUGAUUUUAUUGCGUGUGAUCUAUUGGAGGCGGAUAGUCCGUGGGUUUACCAGAAGGUAGGAGUUAAAGAGCGGAAGAAGUGA